AUGGAUUACGGAACGGAUGAAAAAAUUCGGAUGGCUUUAAAAUGGGACGAAGCAUUCCGCCGUGUCUUGACCCGAGUAAAUUUUGACCACGUCGACGUUGACCUCUUCACCUAUCGCGGGAUGGACGUCCAAUCCUCCAGAAACACAGAACUGAGCCUGAAACUCUUGUUUAUUGCCGUCGCCGUAAUGAUUCUCUUUUCGAUGGUAAGUUGUGCGACGUUCGACUCCAUCGGCAGUAAACCGUGGGUGGGGAUAGCCGGACUCUGCAGUCCCACCUUGGCCACCGCAGCGGCUUUUGGUUUGCUACUACACUGCGGAAUAGAAUACUUCGAUACCAACAUCGUUGUGGCUUUCCUCGUGACUGGCAUCGGCUUAGACGAUUCCUUCGUCCUGUUGGCCGCUUGGAGACGAACAAACGAAGAAAACAGCGUGAAAGAGCGAACGAGCCAAACUUUUUCGGAAGCGGGAGUGUCCAUCACCAUCACUUCCUUGACCAACUUGUCUUGCUUCUGUAUAGGAAUCGCAUCGUCUUACAGAGUUGUUCGUAUCGCCUGCAUUUACAGCUGUCUGUCUAUCUUGAUGGACUUCAUCUACCAAAUCUUCUUCUUCGGAGCUCUUUUGGCACUCGACGGUUACAGAGAAAAACAUCGUCUUAAUGCCCUUCUCUGUUAUCCUGUCAAACGAAAAGACGUCGAAAAUGAACAAUUUGAAACCGAAACAGACAGGGCGCGAUCGAAUAAUAGUGAUGGUGCCAUGAAAUUCCUCUCCGAACGGUUGGGAACACUUCUCGACUAUCCUCACUCGAUACAAGUCGUUUUUAAUCAGUCUCUUGAUUAUUCUAAUUCUAACGUACAAGAAGAAGUAGAGAACAUUUUACGAACGUUCGAGAGCUCUCCUUACAUUAGUGGAAGCAACCUCACAAUGUGUUGGAUAAGGAAAUAUCUUUCUUUCAUUCGCGAUAAGAAAAUAAACUACUUGAUAAAAGAUUUUAACACCAGCGAUUCUCGAGGAUUCGUAGAAGGACUGAAACUAGUAUUUUUGCGACUUAAACCAUUCUCUUAUUUCCGGAAAGACAUUGCGUGGAACAGCGAGCGAAACCAAAUCGUUGCUUCCAGAUGUUUUGUGACGUCAAAAGGAGUCAGAAGUGGAAACGACGAAAAAAUUAUGUUGGAAAAUUUGCGUGCGACCGCAGAUCUUAGCAAGUAUCGAGUAUUUGCAUACAAUGCUUUCUUCGUCAUUUACGAACAACACUUGAAUAUGCCCACCCUCUUUCUGCAAAACAUAGGGGUUGCCAUGGGCGUGGUGUGUCUGAUAUUCCUAGCGUUGAUACAGAAUAUUUCUUACGCUCUUUGUGUCAUGUUGAAUUUGGUGUGUAUCAUGGUGGAAUCCGUAGGAUUCAUGAUUCCUUGGAAAGUUAACUUGGACAUGAUAUCGGUCAUGCUUUUAACGAUGAGUGCGGGAAUUUGCAUCGACUUUUCGUCUCACGUGGCAUACGCUUACAAUUGUUGUCUAGACGAAUCUCCCGAAAAAAAGAUUAGAGUUUCGCUGUACGCAGUGGGGUACCCCAUAGUGCAGGGAUGUCUGUCGACAAUACUGUGUGUAGUAGUUUUCGUAUUUGGACCUUCUUAUACGUUCGUCGUAUUUUCCAAGGUAAUCUCCUUGGUUAUGAUUUUUGCCCUUUUUAACGCUAUGAUUCUGUUACCGGUAAUCCUGAGUGUGGCUGAUUCCAUUCGUGGUUUUUGGAACAAGAAAAAGAUCGCCAUCAAUUCCACUUCAUAA